CAUUUGGAUGUUUUCAAUUUUUUAUUAAAAAUGAUUACUUUAAAAUAUAAUCAAUGGAAUAUUUUACAAUUGGCAUCCCUUUGGUGUUUACGGGCAAAUGGAAUUCCUGAAAAAUAUUUUUAUCAGUUUCAAGAAGUUUUUUUGCAUAGGUAUGGAUUUGAUCAACUUUUUAUUUUUUACCAAUUAUCAAUAAAUGGCCUUUUAUACAAAAACAACACUUCUUUUUCCCCUUUAUUUAAAGCACGUAAUCCUUUCUCCAAACGUUUGAUUAACAAAUCUGACAAGCAAUUGGCGGCAAUUAAUUUUCCGACAAAAAAUGAAAUGAAAGGACAAAUUUCUGAAAAUUUAAAUUCAAUAAUUAAUGGGUUACAACUAAUUCCACAAAAUGAUGAGGAACAAAAACGGAGAUUAAAUAAAUUAAAAGAAAAUAAUUUGGAAGAUUUUUCUGACAAUAAAACAUCAUAUAAUCUUGGUUUAGGUUAUGUAUUUUCAAAUACUUAUAUUCCUUUAAUUUCUUCUAUAAUUGAUAGAAUUGUGACUAUGGGUUGGGAUGAAAAUUAUUUAAAAAAAGUUAUUGGAGAAGAUUCAGUAUUUUGUACAAAUCCAAAUGCUAAAGCUCCAGACAAUCGAAUUCGGCGUGCUUUACUUGUUUGUUUUGUUGGGGGUGUUACAGUUAAUUUUUAUUUUUUUUUCAAUUUGAAAAUUAUUAAAAAUAUUAAUUCUGAAAAAUAA